AUGAAUAUAAAAAGAAAUAAACCAAAUAUUUUAAUUACAGGUACACCAGGUACAGGUAAAACAUCACUUGCAGGUGUUAUUGCAUCAAAUAAUGAAAUGAAUCAUAUUGAUAUUUCAUCAGCUGUUAAAGAAAAGGAAUUACAUGAUGGUUGGGAUUCAGAAUUUCAAUGUUACAUUUUAGAUGAAGAUAAAGUUUGUGAUGAAUUUGAAGAUGUCAUGGUUAAAGGUGGUAAUGUCGUUGAUCAUCAUGGUUGUGAAUGGUUCCCUGAACGUUGGUUUGAUUUAGUAAUUGUAUUAAGAACUGAUAUUAAAAUUUUAAAUGAUAGAUUAGAAAAAAGAAAUUAUAAUCAACAUAAAAUUACAAAUAAUUUAGAUUGUGAAAUUAUGCAAGUUAUUUUAGAUGAAGCAAGAAACUCUUAUAAACAAGAAAUUGUUGUAGAAUUACCAUCAACCACAUUGGAAGAUAAUGAAAAUAAUCAAAACUUUAUUUCACAAUGGAUUCAAAAUUGGUAUGAAAAGAAUAAUUAA